AUGGACGCUAGUCUCAUACUCAUCGUAAUCGGAACUCUAUUUACAGGAGCAGCCAACUCGCUCCUUACGAAAUACCAAGACAACCAAUGUGUGCGACAUUGCAACAGUGAGGAUGAAAACCCGCAGUUUUUCAACCAGCCAGGCAUUCAAACCCUACAAAUGUUUUUAGGUGAAUGGUCGAUGUUUUUCGUGUAUUUGGGAUACAGAUGGUACUACUCGACACUGUAUAUUCAACUAGAUGACGACCGAGGUAGAAGCACUACUGCAGAAGAAGAAGAAGAAGAAGAAGUAGGAGGAAGUGUUGUUUCCAUUUUCAAGCAUUGGAAAUUGGCGAUCCCGGCAAUUUGUGACUUGAGUUGUACGACGUUGCUCAAUAUCGGUCUCAUUUACGUCCCUGUUUCAAUCUACCAAAUGACUCGUGGGUCAGUUGUGUUGUUUGUGGCGGUGUUGUCGGUGAUUUUCCUCAAUAGGAGGAUCUCAAAGUUGCAUUGGAUUGCGUUGUUGGUUAUCACAUUGGGUGUAGGGAUCGUGGGGCUUAGUGGAUCGCAGACAAAGCCAAAGGCAACCUCACAUCGUUCGUUGUCGGUGGACGAAUCGAGUAGUGCGGUAAACCCUGGGUUGGUUGUGUUUGGGAUACUUUUAAUAAUUGGUGCUACGUCGUUGCAAGGGGUACAGUUUGUUGUUGAAGAGCACAUAUUGGCCAAGCAGCCAGUAAUUCCAUUGCAGUUGGUCUACAUUGAGGGUUUCUUUGGUGCUGUUACGAUUGUCUUGUUUAUGGUGGUGGCCAGUUUCAUUUCAAAAGCAGUUGAAUCACCAGAAGAUUUUGCUCAAUCGCCAUUCAACAUUGUCGAAGCAUUUUCACAACUUUUGGGCAACAGAAUUGUCCUUGUUACGUCGUUACUAAUUAUGGCAUCUAUUGCCAGUUUCAAUUUCUGUGGGUUGUCCAUCACCCAUCGGGUCUCAGCCACUGCGAGAUCAACAGUUGACACAUGCAGGACAUUGAUUGUGUGGUUGUUUGCUGUUGUUGUAAUGCGAUGGGAAGAGUUUAAGUUCCUACAAAUGGUUGGGUUUGCUACGUUGGUGUUUGGAACGUUAUGGUUCAAUGGGGUAAUUGAGGUUGACAAAUGGGGGGUUAUUCCAAGCUGGUUGAAAGAUGAAGUUGAUGACGAGAGAACACUGAUUGAUGAAGCGUUGGAGGAGAGACUUAUUAGCUAG